AUGCCGGAAGGCCUUGAUAUCGAACGGGAACAGAACAUUAACGGCUCCAUGGCUGCCUUCGCUGAGCAGAUCCUGAUAUCGACCGGCCGAAGUGACUGGACGAGCCGGAUAGAGGAGGAAGAGAGCGCCGACGGUGCCUUCGUUCGGCAAUUGAAAGACCUGUUGUACAAAGGCGGCAAGUUUGAGGACCCGUACCAUAGCGUGAUGAUCACGAACUCAUCAAUACCGCGGACCGAAUCACCAGUACAGCAGAACAAGCGGCCAAGAGAGGCGCCAUCUGACUCCAGAUCGAUACCGGCAUCGAAACCUGGCAAAGACCCAUCCAUUACACGCAACCAGUCCGUGCCUGGAACACCUCCAGCAUCUGCAUUUGUCUUGCCUAGCUUCCAGUAUGUUCCUUCGAUACCGACAGAAUCCACGGAGGUCGAGGAGUUCUUGAAAGCAUUUGUUCUCCCUUCCCGACUACAUCAAGCUCAUGACAAACUGUCCCGAGAACAGCAAAAUUUGCUUCUUAGGCAACCGGAGCUGCAGCGCCGCUUUGUUGGUGCGCGCAAAGUUAACGAGAUCCUGAUAUUGAUCUGCGGGCAUAACGCGCGAGAUUCGAGGUGUGGUAUCCUAGGCCCGCUCUUACAGGCGGAGUUUGAAGAGAAGCUGCAAAGGCAAAAUGUUGCAAUACUGCGCGACCCGCCCGUAGCGGAAGUCGAGGCCAUUAACACGGACGUGGAGGGCUACGUGCCGACUGCCAGGAUUGGUCAGGUCAGCCAUAUCGGCGGACACAAGUGGGCUGGCAACGUCAUCAUUUACAUCCCUGAGAGCUUCAAGAGCAAUCCGCUUGCAGGAAAAGGCAUCUACUACGGCCGCGUAGCACCUCAGCACGUUGAGGGCAUCGUCUCGAAGACGAUAAUUGAUGGCAAAGUGAUCAAAGAGCUGUUCAGAGGAGGUAUAGAUGAAGAUAGAGAGAUCAUUCGGUUAUAA